GCAAUAAGUGUUGGAGUUUUAACUACCUGGCUGUAAGGAAGUCUUUUCCAAUGCUUACAAGGAACUGCUUGUCGCUGCUUCUUUGGUUCCUUUUUGAUGGAGGUCUGUUAACGCCACUGCAGUCACAGCAGCCACCACAGACUUCAGCAUCCAAGCAGAAAGAAAAUGUUAUUAUCACCAUGUCGGGAAGGAGAUCAGCUGCUCAGAGAGUUAAACGAGGCUGGGUGUGGAAUCAGUUCUUUGUACUUGAGGAAUACAUGGGCUCUGAACCACAGUAUGUGGGGAAGCUUCAUUCAGACUUGGAUAAGGGUAUUGGGUCUGUAAAGUAUACCCUUCUUGGCGAUGGAGCAGGAACAAUUUUUACAAUUGAUGACACAACGGGUGACAUCCAUGCAAUUAAAAGUCUGGACAGAGAAGAAAAGCCUUUCUAUACGCUACGUGCACAAGCAGUGGAUAUAGUUACAGGAAAACCAGUGGAGCCGGAGUCAGAAUUCAUUAUCAAAGUGCAGGACAUUAAUGAUAAUGAGCCAAAGUUUUUGGAUGGUCCUUAUGUUGCCAGUGUUCCAGAAAUGUCUCCAGUUGGUGCCUAUGUGCUUCAGGUCAAAGCUACUGAUGCAGAUGAUCCUACAUACGGAAACAGCGCCAGGGUGGUUUACAGUAUUCUUCAGGGGCAGCCUUAUUUUUCUAUUGAUCCUAAGACAGGUGUCAUCAGAACAGCUUUACCAAACAUGGACAGGGAAGUGAAGGAACAAUAUCAAGUCCUUAUCCAGGCUAAGGACAUGGGAGGACAACUGGGUGGACUAGCGGGAACUACUACUAUCAAUAUCACGCUUACAGACGUCAAUGAUAAUCCACCCAGAUUUCCGAAGAGUAUAUUUCAUUUAAAAGUACCAGAGAGUUCUCCGGUUGGGUUACCGAUUGGUAGGAUACGAGCUGUUGAUCCUGACUUUGGGCGAAACGCAGAAAUUGAAUAUAAUAUUGUUCCUGGAGAUGGUGGAAACCUUUUUGACAUCAAAACUGAUAACGACACGCAAGAAGGAAUAUUAUUUCUUAAAAGGCCACUGGAUUUUGAAACAAAAAAAGCAUACACAUUUAAAGUUGAAGCUUCCAAUGCACAUCUGGAUCAUCAUUUUAACUCUGUGGGACCUUUUAAAGACACUGCUACUGUGAAAAUUAAUGUCUUGGAUGUGGAUGAGCCUCCCGUGUUCAGCAAACCUUUCUACACAAUGGAAGUCUAUGAGGACACCCCCAUUGGGACAAUCAUUGGAGCUGUUACAGCACAAGACCUUGAUAUCGGAUCCAGCUCUGUAAGAUACUCUGUUGAUAAGAAGACUGAUAUUGACAACAACUUUGUAGUUGAUGCAAAUGAGGGGACUGUUGCGACCAAUGAGAUACUGGACAGAGAAACAAAUGCACAGUUUAAUAUAUCUAUAAUUGCAAGUAAAGAUAGUAAUCGACAGUUAACAAGCUCUGUCCGAAUUGUAAUUAAUGUGUUGGAUGUAAAUGAGUUCCCCCCAGAAGUUGCUGUACCAUAUGAGGUGUCAGUAUGUGAAACUGCAAAAGCUGGACAGAUCAUCCAGAUUAUUGGUGCCACUGACAAAGAUAUGUCACCUGCAGGGCAGACUUUCUCAUUCAGGCUACCACCCGAUGCUUCUACAAACCCCAAUUUUACCAUCCAUGACUACAAAAACAACACAGCUGGUAUACAAGCACAAAGGCAUGGAUACAGUCGCAGGCAGCAGGAGUUUUACCUGCUCCCAGUGGUGGUAGAAGACAGCAGCUAUCCUAUCCAAAGUAGCACAAGCACAUUGACCAUUCAAGUAUGCAGAUGUGAUUCCAAAGGGGUCGUUUUAUCAUGCAAUGCAGAGGCAAUCUUCUUACCUGUUGGAUUAAGUACAGGUGCUUUGAUAGCGAUAUUAUUGUGCAUCGUUAUACUUUUAGUUAUAGUGGUACUCUAUGUAGCAUUAAGAAGACAGAAAAAGAAAGAUGCUCUAAUGACCUCAAAAGAAGACAUAAGGGACAACGUUAUCCAUUAUGAUGAUGAAGGCGGUGGGGAGGAGGACACUCAGGCAUUUGACAUUGGUGCCCUGCGAAAUCCAAAGGUAAUUGAAGACAAUAAAGCCCGCAGAGACAUAAAGCCAGAACCUCUUUGUUUGCCUCGUCAAAAGCCACCAGCAGAAUAUAACAGUGACAUCAGAGAUUUUAUUAAUCAAAGGCUGCAAGAGCAUGAUGUGGAUCCCAGUGCACCACCAUAUGACUCACUAGCAACUUAUGCAUAUGAAGGCACUGGAUCUCUAGCUGAUUCUCUAAGUACAAUAGAAUCAGUAAGUGCGGAGGCAGAUUAUGAUUAUGGUUUCUUAAGUGACUGGGGACCGCGUUUUAAAACUUUGGCUGAAAUGUUUGGUGAAGAAAAUUACAACCCAGACAAAAUCACUUAACUUACUGAAGAAAAGGAAAAAAAAAAAAAGCUUUAUUCAACGCUAUGUAAAAAAAAACAAACAAUUUUAUAUUAAAAAAAGAAAACUUCAAUAUUUAUCAUGUUGGGUUUUUUUUGUUUCCCAAAAGACGAAUUGAUCCUGUCAUGAUAUUUAAGGAAUUGUUUCUGCUAUUUUUAAUUCAAGCUGAGAAAAACUCAGGUCUGUAAUGUAAAAAUUGCUGUCAUGACACUUUUGUGUUUAGUGGCAUUUAGUGGCAUCAUGGUGGAGAGAGGUUGAUUUUCUUAAUUCCACUAAAGUGCCUAUAGAAACUUUUAUCUGAGAGAGCACUGGACGUCUAUUAAUGUAGUAAAUAAUUAUGCAGCAGUAAAGAGUAGAGUACAAUGAAAAUUACAAAUGUGAUGUCAAAAAACAACUUAAGCUGAUUUUAUUUAAAAUAUUUAUACAUAAAUAUAAAUAAUUUGUGUUGUGUUUUAUGUUCAAUUUGUUCUAUUUAAUUUUUCACUGAUUUAUUUAAUUAAAAAAAAUAAUUUUGUUCACAAUUUUUUUUCCCUUUCGAUUAAGGAAUUGUUAGAAACUCAAAUUAGAUUAGAUUUAAAUUCAACAUUUUAUGCUUAAAAAUAAACAGGCACUGGAGCAUUUUCUUUGUUUAUUUUACUGCAAAAUAACGGUUAUCUUUGAAAAGGAUUUUUGUUUUAAAUAAUAAACAGCAAUAAACAUCUUGAAAACAAUAUUAACAA